UCGCCCCGCCAGCCCCGGGGCGGCUCCCGGGUCCCCGCUGCCCUCUCCCCGCCGCCGGUAACGGCGGUGCCGGCGGUGGCGGCGGCGCAGGAGCCCUCGGCGGCCGCCCAUCACGGCGCGCUCGGGCGCCGCCGCCUCCCCGCCCCGCCGCCGCCGCCAUGGCGGUGCGGAGCCGCGGCGCCCGGCGGCUGCUGCUGCUGCUGCUCCUGGCCGGCUCCGCCGCCAGCCCGGCGGACGAGGGCGGCGGAGGGCGGCGGGAGGCGGGCGGCGGGGAGCAGGGCGACGAGGCGGCGCCCCACGACUCCUCGUACGGCACCUUCGCCAGCGAGUUCUACGACCUGCGCUACCUCUCCGAGGAGGGUUACCCUUUCCCUACUGCACCUCCUGUGGAUCCAUUUGCAAAAAUCAGAGUGGAUGACUGUGGAAAAACUAAGGGAUGCUUCAGGUAUGGCAAACCUGGAUGCAAUGCAGAGACCUGUGACUAUUUCCUGAGUUACCGUAGGAUAGGAGCUGAUGUUGAAUUUGAGUUGAGUGCUGAUACCGAUGGCUGGGUGGCAGUGGGAUUUUCUUCAGACAAGAAAAUGGGAGGAGACGAUGUCAUGGCUUGUGUUCAUGAUGAUAACGGAAGAGUCCGAAUACAGCACUUUUAUAAUGUUGGCCAGUGGGCUAAGGAAAUCCAGAGAAAUCCUGCCAGAGAUGAAGAAGGGGUUUUUGAAAACAACCGUGUAACUUGUCGAUUCAAGCGUCCUGUGUAUGUUCCCCGAGAGGAAACGAUUGUAGAUCUGCACUUGAGUUGGUACUAUCUGUUUGCUUGGGGUCCAGCCAUUCAGGGUUCUAUUACUCGUCAUGAUAUAGACUCACCACCCGUAUCAGAGCGUGUGGUCAGUAUUUACAAGUACGAAGAUAUUUUCAUGCCAUCAGCUGCCUAUCAGACCUUCUCUUCUCCAUUCUGCUUGCUCCUCAUUGUUGCACUGACCUUCUAUUUAUUGAUGGGAACCCCCUGACCUCUGGAAAGUAGCAGGAAUUUGUCAGUGGAAGUUUCUCAGGAUGGACGGAUACACGGAUGGAUGAUGCGUUUUUCUAUGGGAAUUUAUAUCACCCCACCAUCAUCAUCUCGCUGCUUUUGAACAUAGCUCUUCAGAAGAAUGAAGUAACCAUUUCUGAGCGGCAGAGUGGUGACAAAACAUUUAAGAACAAUCAGUGAACAAGUAGGAGAAUGUUUUCAGUGUUGUGACUACUCGCUUAAAGAAGAGAAGACUUUUGUAAAAUCAAUGUGUGUGUGUGCACGCGUGUGUGUAUGUGUGUUCGGGAGGGGUGUCUGUAUGUGUGUUUAGGAGAGCCUAGUGAUGGACAUCUUAUCAAAUAACAAAAUUGCCUUCCAUACUGCUCCCAGAAAGCAAAUUUGGGAAAACAUUAUAAUGCUGUUUGGUAAUUAUGGUGCAGACAGAUCAACUCCCAGGUGCAGUUUCUGAACUUAGGAUCAGAAUACUGACACUGCAGUUUAAAACCUAACCUUCAGUAAUUCCAUUUUUUAAUUUAUUUUUUUAACAUUUAUCAAGGUUUUCUUGCUCUGGUACUUUCCAAGACUAAACUUGCAUAAUCAAGCAUGAACAGGAUUUUUCUUCAAUAGAGAAGAAGCGAUGAAUGUCUUUAUAACAACAGUGUUUCAACAACCUCCCUGAAAAUAAAGGCUACUUCUUUUAUGAGUGAGAUAUGAAGUUAUUUAAAUAAGGGGAAGGGAGAAUGCAGUUAUUUAAAUUCUCCAUCCAUAGGAAAAGCAAGUUCAAAACACAGAGAAGUUCCCAACAAGCCAUAGGACAUCCUCCCAGUCGAUGAACUCUUUUUUUUUUCUCUUUUUAUGACAAAGCAGUGAUACUGCUGACAUGUAAAUAAUGUUUUUAAGUAGUUGUGCAGUAGUACCGAGAAAUCUGUUUUUUUCUGUGUUGUAUGCCUGUAUAUCCUGUUCAUGUUAAAGAUGAAUAUGGGCAGCUGAUGCGUGCUUACAAAGAAAUGGAAAUGUAAGAGAUUGCUUGUAAGGAGAGAUGGGAAUUAAUAAAAAGAUCGGUAUCUUUAAUUUCAUCAAAUCAUUGUUAAAAUGAAGCUACUGUAGAAAAAGAGGGUCUAAAGAGGAAAUACACUAGAAAUUUUAUGACCAAUAAAUACUGUAAAGGUGAACACUAAAUAUCAAACUGGAAAGUGUCAGAAUGUAUUUUAUUAGCCAUAUAAUAUUCUGAAAAAAUGUGACUUUGGAGAUUUUCUGUACUUUGUUAACAGGAAGCAUAUGACACAUCCAUGUAGCAGCUGAAUGUGCUUGGAUAAGGUUGCCUGCUUGCUUCCCAACUUGCAUCAUUGCACCAAAAUUCUCUCUAAUGUCGUGCGCUAGAGGACUGUGUAAUGUAAGAUCUGUUAAAAUACGCAAUGGACCUCCUUUGUAUUUUUGUUGCUGCAUAGACUGUAAAAAAAGUAACUAGCUUUGCUGGGUUUGCAUCAUGAUUCACAGACUGAGGUUAGUAGACAUUUUUUUUUGGCUCUGCAUUCUUGAAACCUAUGUUCUAAGUAUUUAAAAAUAGUUUUGAAAAGGAAUUUGUCGCCAUCACAAACCCUUUAUCCCCAUUUUAAAAGAAUUACUUUGUCAUAUAUGAUAUUUGCAGUGAUGUCUUUAAGGAUUUGUUUGCUUAAAAUUGCUGGACUGGAGUUCAGGAGGGGAAAGAGGAAUUUAGAGGGAAGUGAACUUUAAAAGUGUAUACAGUAGCCUUAUUUAGUAUAAAUUACCUCUUACAAGCUGAAUAACCAACUCAUUAUCUGAUGAAAUAUGUAGUGGAGACCACCUGAUAAGGAAGGUCAAGCUUUGGACCAUCACGGCUGUAAAAUUUAGGCUUAAGAAGGGCUGAAGCAGAGAGCUGCAGUCAUGGUUAAUGAGUUUUAUAUUAAGCAACCAGCUGAAGUGAAGAAAUUGUUCGGGCAAAUUCCUUCUUUAUGCUAAAGUGUAGGCAGUUGCGGGAGCUGAGAUACCACAGCUCCUUCUCGGAGAUAGCAGCUAUUUAAAGUAGCUUCAGGGUUGCUUUAGUUUAUGGCCUUGUAAUUUACUGGUUUAGUUUCAGGCGUUUCCCUGACUACCCACUAAAAGACUAAUCUAAUAAUUGCAAGGUACUGAAGUACGAUAGAAGCCCAUUUGGGCUCCUCUUUACUUCUAUAAUACAGUGCUGGAUUCAAGGUAGCCUGGCUAGAGCCGGGCUCAGAGGUAUGUUAAAGAUGACAGUAAUAAUACCAAGCUAAGUGUACAACACACACACAGCUGCUUUCUACUGUGAGGCAGCCCACUGGGAGUCAGAGCUGCUUAAAGGUUGAAAGUUCAGGCUCUAAAGCAACAGCAAAUUCAGAGCUGAAGCACAGCCACUUACGGAGAUGCCCAAUGCAAAGUAGAAACUGCUUCAGGCCCCAGCUGUACCAUCUGAUAAAUUAGGGGAGAAAUACAGUUUCUUUUUUUUACUUCUCUCUUUUUUUUUUUUUUUUUUUUAAGGUUACUUUUAAGUGUGCUGCCUGGUGGUUUUGUUGUACUUUUCUCUUUUUGAAGUAUAAGCAGAAAUGUGCACUUCUAAAAA